AACCCACCACCGCAGUCCACUCACCUGUAGCACUUAAGUCAACUCGCCUCUCGAGAAAGUGAGGAAGAGAGAUCGAUCUUAAUGGCCGCAGAGAAAGGAAGAGUUGUGUGUGUAACAGGCGCAGGAGGGUUUGUAGGAUCGUGGUUAGUGAAGCACCUGCUCUCUAAGAACUUCACUGUUCAUGGCACCGUCAGAAACCCUCAGGAUGAGAAAAAUGCUCACCUGAAGAGCCUGGAGAACGCAUCUGAGAAUCUGAAGCUUUUCAAAGCAGACCUUCUUGACUACAAGUCUCUUACUGCAGCCAUUGCUGGAUGCAAUGGUGUGUUCCAUACUGCAAGUCCAGUUCCAUCUGGUUCUGUACCAAACCCUGAGGUAGAACUGAUUGAGCCUGCUGUGAAAGGUACACUCAACGUGCUGAAAGCAUGUUGUGAAGUAAAUGUGAAGAAAGUCGUGUUUGUGUCUUCUGUAGCUGCUAUUGCUGUCCUCCCUAAUAAACCCACGGAUCGACCCAUGGAUGAGACCUUUUGGUCCGACCCAGAUUUUUGCAGAUCAAAUAAUGAUUGGUAUUGUCUUUCUAAGACACAAGCAGAAAGUGAAGCUUUUGAAUUCUCAAAAAGAAACGGGAUCGAUUUGUUAUCAGUGUGCCCAACUCUUAUUAUAGGGCCAAUGCUGCAACACACCAUGAAUGCUAGUAGCUUGGUUCUUAUUAAGCUUCUUAAAGAAGGAUAUGAAGAACUAGAGAACAGGCUACGAAUGAUUGUAGAUGUGCGUGAUUUAGCUGAAGCAUUGGUUUUAGUAUAUGAAAAACCUGAGGCUAAUGGAAGAUACAUAUGCACAUCUCAUUUGAUUAGGUCAAAAGAAUUGGUGCAAAUGCUGAAGAAAUUGUAUCCUGCUUACAAGUAUCCAAACAAAUUUACGGAUCCAAAUGGGAUAUUUUCAGUUACAUCUGAGAAAUUACAGAGGCUUGGAUGGAGUUACAGACCACUUGAAGAAACACUUGUUGAUUCUGUCGAGAGUUACAAGCAAAGUGGUCUUGUGGGUGAUGAAUAGAACGUCUCUACAGAUUUUGAUCUUUUUAAAAAAGUUUCCAUCUUUUCACUUUUUAUGUGUUUUUGAAUUUUGAUGUGUAAAAAGAUGAAAUAGUGUUGCUGAAUAAAUCUUGAAGACUUGAACAGUGGAUUCUAACUAAUAAAAGUUCACAUAACUAAAUUAGGAACUUUAUCA